AUGGAGGGUAAGGUGCUGAAACGAUUGCAAAGCUUCGGCCCGGGAGGGGAAUUGAACCCUCCUUGGACUAGCGAGAGACAGACUCGAUCGCCUUGCGCCAUCGCCGCUUAUCAACAGGAGACGAGCACCCACUCCAACGCUAAGGAUCUGGAGGAGCAACGUCUUUUCCACACUCAAGCCAACAUCGCUCGCAUCAACACCCGAUCGCGGACCGCAACACAGGACAACAACGACUCUGCUCGAUCAUCACCUCCAGAGACGAUCUACGUACGUACGUCGCAAGGAGAGAAACCGAUGACGUCAGGAGAGACUUCAACCGUGAAAGGAGAGACCAUCCAACCAACAAUUUCGGACCGAGAGAGCCAAGCGAACAUGGGCGUUGCCUCAUCUGAGGAACCCCCGAAGCAAACCGAAAAUGAGCCGGAUCUUUGCGGUGCCCUGACAUCACAAGUCCAUCGUGCAAAGACACGUUCUUACUUUGUAGAAGCCUUGAUGGGAGAUGAGCCUUGGAAAAAGGUUGAUAAAUAUUUUGUGAAUCUAGUAUUCCGAAUCCAAAUCUUGGCCUUACUCUUGUUCACUAUCAACAAACCACCGCAUCUGAAUCCGGCCAAUUCAGCCUACAUACACUACGAUACAUGA